AUGGCCACCCCUACCACCCCCACCACCCCAGUAGAAGAAACCACCGAUACCACUCAAACAAAGAAGAAAAGAGGUCCAAACUGGCUUCCCCGCAAGGAAGAACAGCUUGCAAUCUCUUGGAUCAAUGUCAGCAAACAACCUGAAUUUGCGACAAACCAGUUGGGUGAGACCUUCUAUCGGAAGAUUGAAAAGGAUUUUAACAUACACUCCAAGGCCCACUAUUGCGAUCAUGGUCAAAUAAAAACUUGGUAA